GGCUGCUUUGACUCGGAUGCUCACAUCCUCUGUGGGGUGGGGGGGUGGCAGAGCAGGGCGAAGCGGGGAUGUUGGAGGAAGGAAGCGCGUCUCCAUCACUUCCACCUCUGUUCUCCUGCGGUUAGAAGCAAGAUUUGUGUUCGCAUUCAGCAGAAACUGCUGCUGCUUCAAUCCGGAUUAAAAUCCUCUGCAGGACAGUUUUGGGUGGUGGUGGUGGUGGGGGGGAGUCCUGCUGCUGAUGCUGCUGCUGAUGCUCUGAACAUCCUCUGACCCGAACAUGAAUCCAGCAGAGCAGACGGUAACGUGGCUCAUUACUCUCGGAGUUCUGGAGUCUCCGAAGAAGAGCGUCUCAGAUCCGGAGGCUUUCCUGCAGACGUCGCUGCGGGAUGGAGCGGUGCUGUGCCGGCUGCUGGAGCGGCUCCGACCCGGGACGCUGGACAGAUUUUUCCCGGAACCGAGGAGCGACAGCGACUUUCAGAAGAACAUUGCCGAGUUUCUCAAAGGUUUGGCGGCGUUCGGGGUUGAGCCUUUCGAGGUCAGCGACCUGCUGCAGGGAUUUAACUUCUCCAAGGUCCUCAACUCUCUGGUUGCUCUCAACAAAGCUACCGAAGGUUUAGGCGUCUCUGGGGACGACGGCGGUGGCGCGCCGCACUCCUCGGCCUCCAGCAGGAUCAAGUCUUUCGACUCCCUGAACACUCAGGGCCGCUCCUCCAAGCUGCUGCUGCCCCAGUACCGCAGCCUGGACAUGUCGGAGGGCAGCGGGUGUGGCCAGCCGCUGGUGAAAGCGCGAUUCCCCUUCCAGCAGACCAACGAGGACGAGCUGUCCUUCUCCAAGGGUGACAUCAUCGUCGUGAGGAGGCAGGAGGAGGGGGGCUGGUGGGAAGGGUCGCUCAACGGCAAGACGGGGUGGUUCCCCAGCAACUAUGUACGGGAGCUUAAGGGGAGCGACAAAACUGCCGACAAACCCAAGUCUGGGACGCUGAAAAGUCCGCCCAAAGGCUUCGACACCAGCAUCAUCAGUAAAACCUAUUACAAUGUGGUCCUGCAGAACAUUCUGGAAGCGGAGACCGAAUAUUCCAGGGAGCUGCAGAGCCUGCUGGGCUCCUACCUUCGCUCGCUUCAACCCACGGACAGACUCAGCAGUGGAGACAUAAGCCACAUUCAGGCAAAUCUGGAGGAGAUCUCAACUUUCCAGCAGAUGUUGGUUCAGUCUUUGGACGACCAGACCAAACUUCCUGAGAACCAGCAGCGGAUCGGCGGCUUCUUCCUCAGCCUGAUGCCUCAGAUGAAGACCAUCUAUGUGUCCUACUGCUCCAACCACCCGUCUGCUGUCGGCGUUCUCACGCGCCACAGCGAGGAGCUGGGGGGGUUCAUGGAGUCCAAAGGGGCGUCCAGUCCCGGCAUCCUGGCGCUGACCACCAGUCUGAGUAAGCCCUUCACCAGGCUGGACAGGUACCCGGCGCUGCUGAAGGAGCUGGAGAGACACAUGGAGGACCAGCACCCCGAUAGAGCCGACCUCCAUGCCGUCAUGGCGGCCUUCAAACACCUCGCCGCCGAGUGUCAGGAGGUUAGGAAGAGGAAGGACCUGGAGCUGCAGAUUCUAACCGAGCCCAUCCGGAACUGGGAGGGAGAAGACAUCAAAAGUCUGGGCGCGGUUCUACACAUGUCGCAGGUCACGGUUCACUCGCAGAACUGUCAGGAGGUAAAUGAACGCUACCUGGUCCUCUUCCCUCACACUCUGCUCGUGCUCUCUGCCAGCCUGAGAAUGAGCGGCUUCAUCUACCAGGGGAGGAUGCCGCUAUCGGGGAUGCUCAUUUCCAGAAUCGAAGACGGAGAAAACUGGAGGAACGCGUUCGAAAUAUCAGCAGGUGGGCAGUGCGAGCGGAUGCAGGUGGCGUGCAACAGUCAGCGCGAUCUGCAGGACUGGCUGGACCUCCUCACCAAACACACGCACACCCCCGCGCACACACACAGGCCCCCCUGUCACACGCUGCCGUCGCACACCGUCACUUCCUCCAGACACUCCGAAGCUCGGGCAGGAAGCAGCGCGUACCACACUCUCCCUCACCUGUCCUCGUGUGAAACCAGCCACAGCGCCCCCUCGUGGGGGCCCCUGGAGCCGCCCAGCACGCCCAAACCGUGGAGCCUGAGCUGCCUCAGGCCCGCGCCGCCUCUCCGACCGUCUGCGGCGCUCUGUUUUAAGGAGGAUAUGAGCAAAAGCCCCAAAAACAUGAAGAAGCUGCUGCCUAAGAGGAAACCGGAGAGGAAACCCUCCGAGGAGGACGUCACAGUGAGGAAGAGCACAGCCGCCCUGGAGGAGGACGCUCAGAUUCUGAAGGUGAUAGAGGCCUACUGCACCAGCGCCAAGACACGGCAGACGCUCAACUCCACCUGGCAAGGGACUGACCUCAUGCACAACCACGUGCUCGCUGACGGCGGUCUUGCCCCCGCCAGUCUCCCUGGCAACCAGCCAUGCUCUGACCAAUCCGAGGACUCGGAUUACGACAGUAUCUGGACGGCGCACAGCCACAGGACCGCGUCGUUUUCUCGAUGCAGCAGGAAAGACGUUCAAAUGUUGUUUCCUGAGGAGGAGAAGAUCAUCGUGGAGGAAACCAGGAGCAAUGGACAGACGGUGGUGGAGGAGAGGAGUCUGGUGGACACGGUCUACAGCCUGAAGGAUGAAGUCCAGGAGCUCAAGCAGGACAACAAGAGGAUGAAGAGGACGCUGGAGGAAGAGCAGCGGGCCCGGAAGGAGCUGGAGAGGAUCGUCAGGAGGGUUCUGAAGAACAUGAACGACCCGACGUGGGACGAGACCAACCUGUGAGGUUUAGACGCGGCGCCGGCCUUUUUUCUAAUCCAAUCGCCGGGGGAACCUUUGAGCGGCGGCCCUCUCAUUCUGUGCCAAACUGUGGGACCCAGACAACACCAGAACCAGGACCUGAAAGCUGUGACGCCGUGACAGCUGGGGGCGGAGCCUUGAAGGCAUCACUUCCUGUCGUACUUCCCCCCCCCCCUUUUUUUUAAUGUUUUUUUUUAUUUGUGAUGCAAAUCCUGGAGCAUGAACAUUUCUCACUUCCUGUGACCUUUCAAAGUAUUUUUGACUCUUAUUUGUUAUUUUUUUCCUGCUAAGAGACUUGAGAUGAUUUCGCACACAUUUCUUUAUUUUAUAGAUUUAUUAGAACAAAUUUGUGAUUCUAUAAACGUGUUUAACUUUGCAGGAAAAGGUUUUUUUACUGAAUCUCUCAGGGUGUCUGCAGUCAUUAGAAUCCGCUCUGAGCAAUAAUAAUACUACUACGAGGAGAGCAGAUCUACUGCAAAAAACUCCUCAUCUAACCGUCUUAUUUCUAAUGAAAAGAACUUUUUACAACAAAAGAAAAACAUUUUAUUCACUUAGAAAGAUUUAAUGUUUUAAAAUAUGUAUUACAAAUGUCAUUUUAGUUUCUAAAAUGCAAAAAUAAAUCAACAUUUAAGUGCGUGAAGUCACCGUAAGGGAAAUAAAAGGCUUUAAAAACAUUCAAAACAAGAGAAUUUGCAGAUGUGCAAAGAUGAAAAGAAAGUUAAAGAAGAAAAACUUGAGAUUAAAAUGCUGUUUGUUUAAAAAUCUAUAGAAAUUUGAGGGAAAAUGAACAGAACUGCUUUCCGGUUAUUUGAUCUCAAUAUGAGGAGAAACUUUUGACGUUUUGCAGAGCCAAAGUAAAAACAUGGGAUGCUUUUUAUUUUACUGAAGACCAAAGGAAUGGUUGCUUUUUAUUGUCUUUAUCCCGUAUUUAAAAAAAAAGGAUUUGUUUUUAUUGUCUUUAUGCUCUUUUAUUUUUAUUUUUUUUUACUUGUCACCAUGGAAAUGCCUCUAAAAUGUAUCCAAGUUGCGUUUAAGUCACCGCCGAAGGGCGUGAAAAAUGUUAGCGAUGAAGACGAGGAGAGAAGAUGCUGCCAUGAUCGACCCCUCCCCUCUAUUUAUUACCCCCACCUGUCUUUCUGUGAAUAAAAGGACCAGUGGGACUCA